CCAAUGGAACGAUCCGAGGCGAAGAAGCACCGUCGUCGCGUACCCCACUACACCGCGACACUUUUGCAACGGCGCCGCGGCGCAAGGACGCGUCCCGUGGCCCAUCGCUGGUAUUCCUGGGCAGGUUUUUUCGCAAACCGGUCGACGGUUAAACCUGUACCGAUCGAGACGGCUGUCGUCGGAUCAGAUGCUCCGGGACGAGCCGGUGGCGGGCACAGUCGAGUGCAACGGCGGAAAGGAUACAGUGCGAUCCGAGUCACAUCUUCGAUCAGGGAACAAUCUAACCUCUCGCGCGUAAGAUUUUGUUGCGCGGGUAACGCGCGAACUACGCCGGCGGAAUUUCGGAUCGAUCUCCGGAUCGAUUCAUCGGUCUCUCGUUCGGCACAGUGUCACGCGUGUGCUUUGUGUUCUUGUAGAGUGCCACAGUGAACUCUAUGCUACGCUCAAGCUUCGUCAGAUUUCGUCUGCCUCCAACCGUAGCGACGGAAGAAAUCGUAAUAUUAUAUGUAAAUAGUGAACGAUGAAAGCGAGAAACAAUGAAUGAGUGCUUGACGGGAAAGCUGACAAGGUAGCGUGCCUCUAAGCUGUUCAAGAACUCCAGAAUGAUCACGCUGAUUAUCAAGAGCGCGCUGCUGGUGAGCUUCCUUCGGUCGUUCGUCGAAGCGGCUGAUCCGACUAGCUGCAUUCCCGAUUACUUCCGAUACAUUCACAACGACGACACGAACGAAUUCACCGGACGCGUUCAGAUACCAGUGCCACCAAAGGGAGUGCCCUUGCAACUCAGCGUCAGUUUGAGCAUUGCUGUUGCGUUGCCCACGAAAUAUGUCGGCCGACUGCAAUUGGCGCAGUCGAGAGAUAGAUCGGUUAAAGCCGUUGAACAGGGCAGGCCCCUGAUGUACAAUGUUCGUUUUCCUCUUCCGGAUCCACUACCAAAUUUAAAUGAGAUUUGGUUCAACGGCGCUCAGAUUUGUAUUGGUCGACACGCAACCGGACAGUUAGUGACAUCCAUCGUUCUGAAUCACACCCUCUAUCCACCGGGUGUCCCGCUCCUGAACGUUGACGACAAGAACAUCGGUCCAGGCUUUCCGAAUGUAGCUGACUCGCCGUCGCAAAUCCUUACGCCAGAUACGGAUCCAGUUAUACCUUUUCCACCGCCUCGACCGAGCCCAGUUCCUCGACCGAGUCCAGUUCCUCAACCGACCCCGACGUCUUGGUCAAUACCAACGCCCAGACCAGAUCCGACGAUUCAACCUGUUCCACACGUGGUGGACUUCGUUACUCAACAGGAAUGCGGCCGCUUCAACGCUUCGGGUUUUAAUUUCUUGAUCGCGGGGGGUGAGAAAAUCAACCGCGGCGAAUAUCCCUGGCUGGCCGCGAUAUUUCUUGUCUUAGUGCCCCGAUACAAGUUCCACUGCGCAGGAUCGCUUGUGACGCCCAAUCAUGUUAUUACAGCCGCACAUUGUUUCGUGUAUCAGAAAGCAUCUCUACCAAUAGGUGCAAUGGUGGUGUCGUUAGGACGUUUCAAACUGCUCGACUUUGAUGAGGCAGGAUCGGUGAAUCGAGAAGUGGCCGGCUACACGGUUCACCCUGAUUACGCACAGUCUUCUGGGAAGUCGAAAGCCAGCGCCGAUGCUGAUAUAGCCGUAAUGGUUUUACGAACGAGCGUCGAAUAUAGCCCCGUAAUUAAACCAAUUUGCCUUUGGUCCGGCUCUCCGUCGUUGAAUCUCGUUGUAAACAGAUUUGGAAUCGUGGUGGGUUGGGGCCGCGACGAAUUGGGGAAUGUGUAUCUAGAGGAACCUCGAAUGGUCCGGACUCCAAUCGUCAGUCAGGACACCUGCCUCUUCAGCAAGAAGGAGUUCGUGUUCAUAGCCUCGGACCGAACGUUCUGCGCGGGUUCAGGAAACGGAACCGGUCCCUGCAACGGCGACAGCGGAAGCGGCUUUGUCCUGUACGAGGCCAACGUUGAUCGCUAUUUCCUCCGAGGUGUUGUCUCGCUGUCAUUCCUGGACAAGACUAACAUGUCCUGCGACCUCACCCAUUACGUUGUUUACGUGGACGUCGCGAAACACUUGGACUGGAUAUACCAGCAACUUUCCCUGCAAAUAUAGGAACCGUGCACUCAUCCGUAAUAGUAAAUAUGCUAGUCGAUUAGCGUUUUCUUUUUUCUUCUUAUAAGUUGUGCUAACUACGCAGAGCUGGGCAAAAUUAAAAGAGAAUAUUUUUAAUGCUAUGGAGUUGAGAUAAUAAAAUUUUAACUUAGAAAGGAGAAUACGCCGAGUAGAUGAUUUUGAGCUCGGUGAUCUGAAGCAUUGGUUCAGAUAUUUUCGAAUUGGACGUCAAAGAAUAAUGUGCUCGAAACAUAACCUUACGUAACUUAAACAUAACCUUAACAAUUGACGUAAAAGAAAAGAUGCUCUUAUAGUGUAAGAAAUCAUAAUUAUAGUAGUUUCUCCCUGAUUCGCGUUUAGGUUGCGCACAAAAAUGGA